AUGACGGGAGAUACAGAAGUGUUUCCUACACCUGCAGCGAUCUUCCGACGGGCCUCUCGCUGCAACACUCGCAUGUCUUCAAUCGCGCAAAGAGCCACAGCACCCUGCAAGAUAGCCACCAUUUCACGUGGCAAGCUCAAGCACGAAGCCUCCUCUCAGGCCCCUAAUCUCCGUCGCUGCGUCGGCCACCACGCCGUCUUUCUCAAGUCCACCGAGGCAGCUCAAGAAGAACACAGAAGGCAGAUGAGCCCUCUGAGCUUUUUUGAAAACGAUGGACCCAACUUUGCACCUAACGACAGGAGCAAGGCCGACAUGCCUGUCCUCUGCACACAAGUCACCAAGACGGUCAAGGCGAUCAUGCGCCGCCGUUCUACGAGUGGCCCUCAAGCCUCUGAUGAAGCAGAGAAGACUGCCGCCCUGAUCCGUGUAUCUGCUGCAGCAGACAACUCCAUUCAACCACCAGCACUGGAAAAGAGGAAGAAAUUCCUCGUCAAAAGUCGCGAGUAUGCAUCUAUGCUGUUCUUGUCUGGUCGGCGGGCUUUCACGCCAGUCCUACAGACCAAUACUGUCUACUGA